GUAUGAUUUAACCAAAAAAAAAAAGAAAAAGAAACAAAAAAGGAGAAUUAUGUUGGAUUAGGAUUUGGAUUGGAUCUCUCUUUUUUUUAUUUAUGUAAAUAAAAAAGGGGAAUAAAACGCCGACAAGGAGUAAACCAAUAAGUUCUCAGAUAAAAAUCCCAUUGCAAAAGUUUUGUUUCAGCCCUAAUCGUCCCGCGACCGCUUCAAUCUCUCUCUCUCUCUGUGGAUCAAAGCCCUCUCUUUCUCUCUCGCUCGCUCCGUCGCUGUCGGCUCAACCAGCGACGCUUCCUUCCUCCGGUGGAACAGUUUCCGUAUUGGAAUCGGAGUCUUCGUAUUGGUUUCUUGGAUCGAAUUGGAUUGGGAAAUUCUGUUGGUUGGGAUUCUUAAAAAAUUAGGGUUUAUAUUCGCCUAUGGCUCCGGGGCGUAAAAGAGGAGGAAGCAAGGGUAACGCCAAGGGGAAAUUGAUCCUCGGUGAUCUCGUUCUUGCCAAAGUCAAAGGCUUCCCUGCUUGGCCUGCUAAGAUUAGCAGUCCUGAAGAGUGGGAUCGUGCGCCAGACCCAAAGAAGUACUUUGUGAAGUUCUUUGGAACUCAGGAAAUAGCUUUUGUUGCACCGCCUGAUAUCCAAGCCUUCACUAAUGAGGCAAAGAGCAAACUGUUAGCAAGAUGUCAAGGUAAAACACUCAAGUAUUUUGCGCAAGCUGUAACGGAAAUAUGCACCGCUUUUGAAGAGUUGCAGAAUCGCAAGUCAAAUGUUCUAGAUGCUGAGGAGCCUGGUUUAACCGGGGCUGAGAUAGUGGAUGGAACAGAUCAUAUAGUCACUGAUUCUGAUGGAACUGAAAAGUUUGAUUCUAGGGCGGAUCCUUGCGUCCCCAAAUCAGAUAAGAAUGAUGGCUAUUCAUCCCCGGUUAGUGAGUCACUGGCUCCUGGUUCACACGACCCUAAAAUAAAGGCAGAAGAUUUUGAUAAAGGAACUGGGGGUGAUGGUUGCAUUAAUGGUCAAAAGAAUCUGGCGAGAACAAAGAAGGUAGCAGGUGGCUCGGACAAAAAAGGUGAUACAUCUCACAAAGACAAAAGCAGUAACUCACAUGUGCCUGAUGGUCGAUCUGCUAGUGGUAAAUCUGAUUCAAAUAAGUCAAAAGAUAUGUUGACAGAGAAAUCUAGUACCAAAUUUUCUGGAGGUAAGCACGGAAAUUCACCUGGCGUUAAGAGUGGGGUUUCAGGCCAGAAAAGAAGGCUUGAAAGUGAACCAGGGAAGCCUGCUCCAAGACUAGAUGAAAUCUCACCUGCUGCUAAAAAACCGCGAGUUGAAGGUAAAAAUGGCAGCGUGAAGUGUGAAAUUGGUGAUGAAACUGAUCCUACUGUGGCUGGAUCAGAUAUUAAGCAUGAACUUGUUUUAGGAAUAAGUGCUCGUCGAGGAAAUUUACAAUAUGAAAAAGAAGUAGGAAAGAGCCGCAAACAAACAGUGGAGCAUGAUACCUCUCCUUCUUUUUCUAGGUCUCGUGGUAAAUCGGGGAAAGAACAUCUAGAACAGAAAGCUCGUUCAUCCUCUGUUGGUAACGCUAAGGUUCCAGAUGCACAAACUCUGAAAAGACGAAGGGCUGUUUGCAUCUAUGACGAAGAUGAUGAUGAAGAUCCAAAAACCCCAUUACAUGGAAGUCGAGCUGCUGUUCCCAGAACAUCAGAAUUAACUGAUGAUCCCAAAAGUGGUAAGACCUCUACUACUAAAGCUAAGGUAUCUGCUGGACCUACAGAGAGUACUGUAAGGAAAGCACCUCUGCGUAAACAUUGUGAGGAUGCUUCACGUGUAUUAUCAGAAAAUGUGGAGAAUUCUUCUAAUAGCUUACCCAUAGUAAAACCUAUUAAUGAGUUGCCGCCAAAGGAUGUCAAGCAGAUCGUUGGAUCUCCUAAGAUGUCUCCUCAGUUGGGUUCAUCUAACAAGCACGUUACAGUACAGCAAAAAGCUGCAAAUUCAUCUGUAAAAGUUUCUGUUGCUGUGAUGGCGAAGAAGCCUCAGAGUGAUUCUUGUAAGGAGACAGUUGUGAGAUCUGAUAAAGUAAGUUCUUCUCAGUCUCAAGCUGAUGAGAGACACAAACCAGCUUCAGUGAAGGAUAGGCCAACAGUGGCUUUAAAAGCUGCUCCAAGUUUGAAUGACGCUGGUAUUACAAGAGACACUUCUGAGGACUUGUCUGCUGUGAUGCUUGAUUACAACAGAGAAAACAGGAGUGCUCCAUUUAUCAGCGCAAGGACCCCAGAUGCGGCUUCCUCUAUGAAGGAUUUAAUUGCAGCUGCACAGGCCAAAAGAAAACUAGCACAUUCACAAAAUUCAGUUUUUGGGAAUUUGAACCCUAGUUUCUUAAGCAUCAGUGAUGCACAGAUGAGGAGCCAAAGCCCAUUUAUGGUUCAGAAUGCUUCAGCUUCUGCUCCAAUUGCAAUGCCUUUAGUUGUUGAACCACGUCAACAAGAUUCUUCUCCUUCAAAUCAUGGUCGUCAGUCCUCAUCAAGAAAUCAAAAUGAGGCUGAUGAUAAUGAAGAGAGAAGACUUAGUUCAGGGCAUAAAUCAGUUGGAGGUUCACUUAGUGGUGGUACUGAGGCUGCUGUGUCCCGAGAUGCUUUUGAGGGCAUGAUAGAGACCUUAUCAAGAACUAAGGAAAGUAUUGGACGGGCAACACGCCUAGCAAUUGAUUGUGCCAAAUACGGGAUUGCUAAUGAGGUUGUGGAACUUCUCAUACGAAAGUUGGAAAAUGAACCUCACUUCCAUCGUAAAGUGGAUUUGUUCUUUCUCGUUGACUCUAUCACCCAGUGUUCGCACAACCAAAAAGGUAUUGCGGGUGCUUCAUACGUUCCUACUGUGCAAGCUGCUUUGCCACGUCUUUUGGGUGCUGCUGCUCCUCCAGGGAUCGAUGCUCGUGAUAAUCGUCGUAAAUGUCUGAAGGUUCUGAGGUUGUGGCUUGAUAGGAAAAUUUUCCCUGAAUCUCUUCUGCGUCGUUAUAUUGAUGAUAUUGGAGCUUCUGGCGAUGAUGGAACCGAUGGGAUUUCCCUACGACGUCCUUCUAGAUCUGAGCGUUCUGUAGAUGAUCCUCUCAGAGAAAUGGAAGGGAUGCAUGUUGAUGAGUAUGGCAGCAAUGCUACUAUCCAGCUGCCUGGGUUUUUCUCUUCUCAUGCCUUUGAAGAUGAUGAAGAAGGUGAAGAUCUUCCAACAUCACAUUCAGAAAAAGCAAAACCCACAUCUUCUGGGCAACCUUUCAAUACUUCAGAUGACUUGGAAACACGUGAUACUUUAAGUGAUAGACACCAUCAAGUUUUGGAGGAUGUAGAAAUGGGAGAUGCAUCUGGUGAGGGGGAAGAUGUAGCACCUUCCGCUAUCUGUGAGAAUGAGACGAAGGAGCAGUCACUGGAUGUUAGUGAACCAGUUGCGGAAAAGUUAACUGGGGUGCCUUCUCCUCCAGAGGAUUCUCCUCCGCUACCACACGAAUCACCUCCAUCUCCCCCUCCUUUACCUCCUUCUCCACCACCUCCGUCUCCACCUCCACCUCCUCCGCCUUCAUCUCCGCCUCCGGUGUUGCCACCACCACCUCCCACAGCGCAAUUUCCACCUCUUCCUUCACCCCCGUCUCAACCUCCACCACCACCGCCCCUUACACCUCCACCUUCACCUCCACCUCCACCGCCUGCACAGUCUAUAGCUUUACCAACUCAACCAUCCAUAGCGAGCCAUCAUCAGUUACCACCUCAAUUAGGAUUUCAUCCUCCAGCAUAUCCAUUAUCGCAUCAAACAUACCCAGGAUCUAUGCAGCAAGACCGCUGUAGCAUUUUCACUGGUGAUCAAAUUGUCCAAGGGCCUGGAAGUUCUUCACGUGGAAGUCAUGGUUCUUCACGUGGAAGUCAUGUGCCGCAGCCAUAUAAUUUUUCUCCAGCAGGAGUGUGCAGCUCCAGGGAGCCUUCAGCAUUUACUUCUGAAGCUUCUUCACAGAACCAACGAUUUCAGCCAAACACCACUCUCACGCAAAGACCUAUGAUUAGGAAUCUGCCUUCAGUACCGUCAAGUCAUUUUGCGUAUCCAAGCCAUAUUCAAUCUCAAUCCUCGCAUACCUACACUCAUCCUUACUCUUUCCCACCUCAACGUGAUGAUGGACGGCGAUAUAGAGAUGAGGAACCAUGGCGGAUGUCUUCAACUGGGCGUGGUGCAGAAAACCAGAGUGGUGCCUGGAUACGUGGAAGACAUUCACAUCCAGGCCUUCCUAGAGUCACAGACAAUUUCUUUCGGCCACCUCCAGAACGUCCACCUUUAGUGACAAUGAGCUAUCAACCUUCUUCUGCUAGUAACUUGCAAGCUGUCCCGGGCCCGGCAAUUCCAGGUCAUGCUGCUUCCCAGAUGCUACCAUCUCGGCCAGACCUGCCUGCCGGGAAUUGUUGGCGACCAGCUUGAAGUGAAGGUAGAAUUUUGUUGGCCUGCUCCUGUUAGUAUCAAGGAUAAAGAAGCUGCUAAUGUUUCAUUAACAAGGCUAAUCCUCUAGGUUUGAGUUUCUAAAUUCUAAAGUUAAGUCAGUGUUGUCAUCAAACAGUUACAGUUAUACUGCUUUCUCUUCCAUGGAGGACCUUUUCGGAUAUAUCCACUUCCAGAGGCAUCAAAACUACUGCCGACUUUUGUCAGGAGUCUGUAUAUUGUAUUUUUUCCUGACAAAUGUAUCUGGGGGAUCAUACUUCACAGUAUAGUUUAUUUAAUUGGAACCAGAAGCAUGUGUUUCUGAGUCCACUCAGUCCAUACAAGAAUCUCCAUAUUGCUAUUUGUGCACUGCUGAGCUAAAGAAGUAUGUCGAAGACUUGUGAGG